GGAAGGAAGAUGAUGGUGGGUGUGGUGUGGGAACGCUGCUUGCUUCCUCCUCCCUUGUAUAAGCUGCCUUCACUAAUCAAUUUCCGUGUGAACGUCCAAGGCAAAUUCGCUCCAUACAAAUUCGCAUCAUCAAAUCAAAACUCAAGAGAGAAGCAUCAACGCAAAGACAAACUAAAGAUGGAAUCAGUCAAGGAGUUGGCCAUCCGCUGCUUCGAGAUGCUCUGCCCGGGCGCCGACGACGAUUACCACGCCAUAGCCCGGAGGCUCGGCCUGAUGGAGCCCGAUUACGCAGCCCAACGGGCGGAGGCAGCGGCGUUGAAGGCAGCGGAGGCGGAGGCAGCGGCCUCGGCCGCUCGAUGGGACGAGGCCGAUCAUGCCGCCGCCCACGACGGCCUGCAGGCGUUCGCCCUCGGCCUAAACAAGCGCCUCUGUGACCUCAACGCCGGCAGGAGCCACAACCUGGCCUUCUCGCCGUUGUCUGUCUACGUGGCCCUCUCGCUGGGGGCUGCCGGCGCACGAGGACGCACCCUCGAGGAGCUGCUGGCCAUCCUCGGCGCUCCUUCGCCGGACCUCCUCGCCGGCCAUGUCUGCGCGCUGGCCGAGCAGGCCCUCGCCGACCGGUCCCAAAGGGGUGGCCCGCGCAUCAGCUUCGCAUGCGGCGUGUGGCACGACACCACCAUGCCCCUCCGCUCAGCCUACCGUCACGUCGCCACCGAGUCGUACAAGGCCGUCACUCGCGCCGUCAACUUUCUUGACAAGCCGGAGGAGGCAAGGCAGCAGAUCAACGCAUGGAUCGCCGCAUCGACCAACAACCUCAUCCCAUCCAUCCUCAGCCCAGGCACGUUGUGCCACCGCACCACCCUGCUACUCGCCAAUGCCAUCUACUUCAAGGGCAAGUGGAACAAGCGAUUCAACAAAGGGCGCACCAAGGCCGGCAAGUUCCACCGCCUCGACGACACAUCCGUCUACUCGCCCUUCAUGCGCGGCAUCGGCGACCACAGAAUCGCGUGCCAUGACGGCUUCAAGGUGCUCCAGCUCCGCUACGAGCAAGGACGCCCCUUGUCGGGGCCGAUCUACUCGAUGUGCGUCUUCCUCCCGGACGCGCGUGAUGGGCUAUGGUGGCUCACCGGCAAGAUCGCCAGCGACCCCGACUUUUUGCUCAAGCACCUGCCGACGAGCGACGUCGAGGUCGGCGACUUCCGGCUGCCUAAAUUCAAGGUCAACUUCCGCAUGACGAUGAAUAACAUUCUCCGGGACAUGGGGCUCAAGGUUGCUUUCGAGCCUGGGAAGGCCGACAUGUCGGGCAUGGCGGACGACGGCGCGGGGCUGGCACUGCAGGACGUGAUUCACCAGGCCGUCAUCGAGGUGAACGAGGAAGGCAGUGAGGCCGCGGCUGCCACCGUGAUGACAUGUAUGUUCGCUUGUAGUCGGGACCCAGCAGUGGACUUCGUCGCUGAUCAUCCAUUUGCCUUCUUUGUCAUCGAGGAGGUGUCCCGUGCCAUCCUGUUCGCGGGGCACGUCGUUGAUCCCACGAUCAAGUGA